AUGGAGAAGGCCGGCUCCUUGCACGCCUCGGUGCCCACGCCGCCGCCGCGCCUCUACCUCCCGCGGAACUUCAGCUGCAGCGCCUGCCUCUACGGCAGCCUGGCCGAGCAAUGCAAGGGCGGCUGCAGCCCCGAGAUCGAGGCGGUGGAGCCGCUGCCCGCGCCCCCCUCGCCGCCCGUCACCCGCGAAGCCGAGGCCGCCCGGUCGCCGCCGCCGCCGCCGCCGCCGCCGCCCCGCUCCCCUUCGCCGCCUCUCUCGUCGCCGCCGCCGGCCAGCCGCGGUAGAGAGCCCACGCUCCCGUCCGUGCCGCCCAGCCCGACCCUGCGCCGCCGCGCCAAGUCCCUGCCCACGCCGGGCGAACGGGGGCUCCGGCCGGCUUUGCAGCAGAGCCCGUCGCGGCGCAAGACGGUGCGCUUCGCCGACUCGCUGGGGCUGGAGCUGACCGCCGUGCGCCACUUCUGCCAAGCCGACGUGCCGCAGGUCCCGCCGCCGCCCGCGCCGCUGCCCGCCUCGCCUCUCCCGCGCGGCGCGGACCUGCUGAAGACGCGCAAGCCGCCGGCGCUGGGCGAGCUGGAGCCGGUGCUCUUCGGGCCUCCGGCGCCCGUGCUAGAGCCGCUUUUCCCGCCGCAGCCCGGCGCGGGGGCGCGCUUCGCGGAGCGCGUGCGGCAGCACAAAGUCAAGCUGGAGUGGGUGCGCCCCGAGGCGGCCGGGCUGCGCGGCGCCGUGCGCGUCCUCAACUUGGCUUACGAGAAGACCGUCUCGGUGCGCUACACGCUCAACCGCUGGGCCAGCUGCAACGAGGUGCCCGCCGCUUACCUGCCGCCGCCCGCCGCCGCCCACGACGGCCAGACGGACCGCUUCGCCUUCCACCUGCCCGUGGGCGCCGGCACCACGCUGCUCGAGUUCGCCGUGCGCUACCGCGUGGCCGACACCGAGUACUGGGACAACAACGACGGGCACAACUACAAACUGCGAGGCAGGCAGCGACCCGACGGCCAGGAACCCGACGGCGGCGGCGCCUGGAUCCACUUCAUCUGA